AAUGGACUUUUAACCUCGGGGCCUCAAUUCGCACAAGCUAUUGCAGGUCUUACAGCCUGUUGUUUUUCUUUUUGGAUCAAUCGUAAUGAUACCUCCAAAAUAUAUUUGGCUAGAAAAGGAUGCAACUCGUUAGCUGUAGCAAUGUUUCUGGUUGGACUUGUUGGUAUAUACUUUUCGAAUUGCGACUUGCUAUGGAAUAUUGUUUUUCUUUAUUUUAUUUCUGCUGCUCCAGCUUUUACUUUUGGAGGAAGUGUGAUUGCUGCUGUUGAUAUGACUCCUACAUACUGCGGUCCUCUUAUGGGACUAUCAACUACUGUAGCCAGUUUGCCUGGAUUUAUGAUACCUAUUCUAACUGGGAAAUUAACUAAAUAUGAGCAAACAAUGUCGCAAUGGCAUAAGUUGUUCUUGAUCACUUCCAUUGUUGUAUCGUUGAAUGGUGUGGUAUUUCUCAUAUGGGGAUCUACUGAAAUUCAGCCCUAUGAUCCAGCCUACAGGACAGAAAAACGUCCAGAGUCUAAACCUGAUGUUAUCGUUCUAGAACAUUCUUCUACAUAUUUUUGA